CAGCGAAGACCCCCUACGGGACUCCUCUGGGAAGAGCAAGCGCCAAGGCUUCGUCAAAUCCAUCGUCGAUACCGUCCUCGGUGCCCUCGCAGAAGUUUUCAGAACAGUCGGCUGGGAGCGUAGUUAACCUUCUCAUGGCGUCAGCGGAAAAUAGACGAAUGUCACAUGUGGAGCAUGUGGUGUGUACAAUAUGUGGGAAGACUACUAUGACGCCGGAAUUGUCAGCCCUUAAAAAGAGCGAAAGAAUAGAUACCCGGAGAUUUUCUCCAACCAAAAGCCUACACCCCUGUUCCCAGCCGCCAUGCUACAGGCGAGGCCCUUUUGCACUUCUGGUCCGCCAGAAAGACUUCCCUGAAAAAUACGGACACUCUGUGGAGCCAUUCUCCAACACCUCACUACAAACAGGGCCAAUUGUGCUGUCUGUACCAGCCUGUCGGUCAUGGCCUACUACGCAUGUCGGCCAUCUCUGGAUUAUGGUGUUCUCGGACUACAGCCGCAGUGAGGCGACCAAUCAUGCCCACCGAGGAACCAAAAGUCCUCUGCAUGUCCCCUGCAAGCGAGGUUCUUGUUGGCGGGGACUUGAUCUGUAGGGGCGACUAAACGGCAAAAGUCCUCUCCAGAAGGAUCAAAAGUGAAUCAGGUGCCCACCCAGUUGGCAGCCCUUUGGCAGCGCCAUCCGCGGUCGAUCAUCGAACUUUCUGCUCGCAUUCUGGCAUGGUCCUUUUGAUCCGCCGCCUGCCAUCGCUCCCGAUUUGAUGGACGAUAUGGUGCUGAGCGGCCGUGCCUUGCAGUAGCCCACGGUACCUAAGGUAGUUUACCUUAUCUACGAGGUUCUU